AAAAACAAUUUGUUUUGUGUCAUUUUACAAAAAUGGUUCUUAUAUUUAUAUUUUAUAUUAAGUUUUAUAAAAUUUUAUUUUUGAAAUUUGCCUUAGGCCUCCAAAAAUCCUCGCACGGCACUGCUCUUAGAUCCUCUUUUCUUUUGUUGUUUUAGUUGUUUUUAACUUUGAUUGUGUAAGUUAGGUGUGGUGAGUUUUGUAGACCGAGGCUUAAAACAGAUUGUGUUGAUUUAGCAACUUUCUUGCUGCUUCCUUUCUUCGUUCAGUUUGCAUUAGAUUUCAAAAUUUUGUUUCGCUGCAUUGAGUGGACCUGUAAGUUUUCAGUUGAAUUCUUCGGAGAUUGUACAAAAAACGCUAAAACUCAUGGAUGUUAAUUAUGACGUAUGAGAAUAUUUGUCUGGAGAACUAGUCAUUUACUCAUAUACAUGUUUAUUUACUUUGGAAGCUGAUGCUUUUUUACUUAGUGAGUUUUCAGUAAUAUCUUAGUUAUUAUAAUCUAUAAGUUUGUAAAAGUACUGUCGGUUUUUGGUACAACUUAUUUGACAUGUUUGUGGGAGGGUCGCCUUUUUGUUCGAGGUACAAAAAGCCUAAGAGAAGUGUUUGUGUAUAUAAAAUGGAGGAUCAUAAGCCGACGAGUUUCACGUUUGAGAUAGAUAACUUCUUAGAGAAAGAAGCUGUGAUUUCAUCCCCAACAUUCUCAAGUGGCGGCUGCCAAUGGUGUAUGCAAACGUUUAUCCCAAAGGAAAUGGUAUUGAAGAUCACUUGGCUCUAGAGCUCUGGGUUGCGAAUUAUGGAUCAUUGCAACUUGGAUGGAAAAGCCGAGCUAAAUAUUCUUUUGUUCUGUUGAACCAAUCCGGCAAAGAAAUCCACAAAACAACUGAAACUUGCCAAGUGUUCUGCGCUCCGGUCACGUCUUGGGGAAAGCCAAAGGCCUUGACUCUUAAAAAGCUUCAAGAAAAAGGGUUUCUGGAGAACAACAAACUGAUAGUUAAAGUCCAAGUCCAAGUACUUGAAGUUGUUAACGAGGCAGAAGUAACUGGGAACGAGACUAUGGAUGUCGAAGGUUUCCAAGUUCUUUAUUCUCAGGUUAUUCAAGUAAGUUGGAUUUUCGUAUCCAAGAACUUGAGCAACAGAACAAGAAUCUCAUAGCUGAACUCAACAAAGGAGAAGAUCAAAUCUGCAUGGUUGGAGCAGACGGUGUUAAAUCUCAAAACUAAGCAGAACAAGAACAAGAAGCCGAAAUUAAGCCCCAACUAAUUCUCCUGCAAAUUUGGGAAUUUGUUUUUUUCUUUCUUUUGUUUAUCUUUGAGCUGAAGAUCAAGAAAUCUUCUUGAUCUUAAAACUCACGCUACGUGUUUCAGGAUUCAGGCUCAUCUGGUGAGUCC